UAUCGCGAUCAACCUAAUGAGUGAGAUGUCAAUGGACUGGAGCAACAUCGGGAGAGAAAGAGGAGCACUCCGGAAUUAGGUCCCUUCCGAAAUUCGUAGCUCUGAGAGAGCCCAAAAACGAAAUGCAUUUGUUAAUGUGAAAUAUCUUUUAUUGGUGGGAAAAAUGUACAUUUAAUGAGCCUAGAAGUCGUUGAUGGAUGUACCCCAUGAACAGCAAUCUAUACAGGAUGCCGAAGCCAAACCAAACAUUAAUUCAAUUUGGUGUCAGAUUCUGAGGAUUUCGACAAUUUCAGACACAAAGAUUGAGUAUUAAUAUCGCCGGAUUAAAGGAUUGUGUUACUGAGAGAAACGCGACCUGAUUCUUGCUUUGCCCAGGAGGGUUUGGGUAUCGAGUUAGUGCGAGGGAAUUGAGGAAUUUCUCAAUUUUUGGUCGUUGAUUGUGGUUCGUGUAAGAUGUCACGGUCACCUGUGAGCGACAGACCGUUGGAGAGCGGGAGGGAGAACGGGUGUUGUCGACAAACUAACGAUAAGAAAAAGAGCCUGCAGCUCCUUCAUCACAAGACAGACUCGCAGAAGCCGCUGGUAGCGAGAUGUGAAUCGGAAGGGGUGGAAAUCACAGCGGUAAGGAUGCCAGGGAAACGAGAACACAUCGUUAACUUCGUCUCACGGUCACGUAAGGGCGCGGGGGAGGACGAAGUCCGCGUGUCGGGAGGAGGUUAUCGACAUCACUCCCGUCGUUGUCCACCAAACUGCAUGAAGAGCAUCCUUUGUUUUGCCGUCCUCAUCCUCCUUAUCAUCACUUUCGUAUUAGUCGCGCUCCUUGUACGGAGUACAUGCGAUCACUUUUUCAACAAGCCCUCAAACACGAGUGCUCCGGAUACCGUAGUUACACCAAGAGUAGGUCUGGUUUUCGAGCCAUCAGCCUCGCCAUUGGUGUGGGAAAACUUCCGUUUACCCACCGACCUGAAGCCGUCCCAUUACGUACUCAGCAUUAGAACUGACAUUCACACGGGCAUCUUUGCUGGGAACAUCACCAUUCAUUUUGGAUGCCUCGGGAGCACAGAUAUUAUCCUCCUACACACGAAAGAGUUGAAUUACUCGGUCGAAUCAUUCCGGUUUGUAACAGAAGGUGGUAAUGAAGUAGUCCCUCUGAAUGGACCGCCGACAUUCUAUGAGGAGAAUGACUAUCUGGUUCUACGGACCCUCUCCCCCUUGGAGCAGGGAGAGAGAUACUCACUUAGUAUGCAGUAUGUGGCCAAAUUCAAUGCGAAUCUUCUUGGUCUCUACCAGGGCAAGUACGUCACGUCCCAAGGAGCCACAGAACACUAUGUUGCAUCGUUCCUCUCGCCUAUCCACGCUCGACGCGUUUACCCAUGCUUCGACGAGCCCGCCUUCAAAGCUAACUUCUCCAUCAGUAUCAUCCAUCCCGUCGGCUACAGCGCCUUCUCCAACAUGGACGUCGUCGACCAGCAGACAAUUCCGGCGAGGACGCCCGACGGCGAGGUGUGGGAGACGACGUCGUUUAGAACCACGCCCGUGAUGUCGACCUACCUUGUUGCGUUCGUCGUCUGCAAAUUCCACAGCAAGACGAGGCUGGUCAGAGAUGGGGUUGAGUUCCGAGUUUGGGCAAGAGAAGAUGUGAUUGACCAGGCAUAUUUCGCGCUUGAUAUUGGAGUCAGGCUUUUCAACAUUCUAGAAGAUUUCAGCGGCUUCGAUUAUCCAUUGCCCAAAUUAGAUAUGAUAGCCCUGCCACAGCUUGCGGUUGCCGGCAUGGAGAACUGGGGUCUCGUGACAUACCGAGAAGAGUACAUGCUCUACGACGAAAGAGAGACACCAACAGAAACCCUUCAGGAGAACACUUUCAUAAUCGCCCAUGAACUCGGUCAUCAGUGGUAUAGCAACCUGGUAACGCAGGUGUACUGGGACGAGCUCUGGCUGAAGGAAUGCUUCGCUACAGUCAUGGGAAAGAUUGCCCUCGAACACCUCUUCCCAGACUGGGCCAUGUGGGAUGAGCAGUUCGUGGUAAAGGAAUUACAGAUGGUGAUGAAGCUGGAUUCCUUAGUGACGUCACACCCUAUCCAGCAGCCGGUCACCAGGGUGGGUGACAUCAUGGACAACUUUGACAUGAUCAGUUACCAGAAGAGCCCUGCUAUUCUCCGUAUGCUUGAACACAGCAUUAGAUACGAAACCUUUAAGGAGGGCUUAGAGGUAUUUCUUCGCAACAAACAGUAUGGCAACGCAGAUGCAUGGGAUAUUUGGCGAGCGAUUACAUCGGUGACUCAGGCUCACGGACAGUACCGGGACAUCAGCGAUCUGAUGGCCCCAUGGUUAGGUCAGAUGGGCUAUCCCGUAGUGACGGUGUCACGUGACUGUGGGCAGGACAUGGUAUGUCUUCAUCAGGAGCACUUCCUGUUGGACAAGGGCAAGGCGGAAGUGGAUGAAUCCCAGUACAAGUAA